AUGGUAUUAAGUAAACAUAUUGAUGCAUACAAUUUAGAAUAUGAAUUGUUAAAGAAACAACCAAAGAUCAAUUUAAGAAAUACAGAAGCUUAUAUCGAUGCAUAUGAUGCUGCAAAAAACAUUCCUCAUUAUGAAAUUCCUGAAAAUGCUGCUAAUGGAGAAUUGAUUUAUAAAUAUCUUUCCCAAGAAUUAUCAUUAGAUGGUGUUCCAACUUUAAAUUUAGCUUCAUUUGUUAAUACUUAUAUUGGAGAUGAAUCAUUAAAAUUAAUUACUGAGAAUAUUACUAAGAAUUUGGCUGAUAAUGAUGAAUAUCCUUCUCUUAUUCAAAUUCAAACCAGGUGUAUUUCAAUUUUAUCUAAUUUAUGGAAUGCGCCAGCUACGAUUGAACCAGUUAGUGGGAGCAGAAUCACCAAUUCUGUAGGUACCGCAACCACCGGUUCCUCUGAAGCUAUUAUGUUAGCAGGAUUGGCUUUGAAGAGAAGAUGGCAAGAACGGAGAAGAGCAGAGGGGAAACCCACUGAUUCUCCAAAUAUUAUUAUGGCAACAUGUGCACAAGUUGCCCUUGAGAAAUUUGCUCAAUAUUUUGACGUUGAAAAUAGAUUGGUUCCAGUCUGUGAAUCUCUGGGUCAUAUGAUUGAUGUAACUAAAAUUAAAGACAAGAUUGAUGAAAAUACAAUUGGGAUUUUUGUUAUUGUGGGUACUACUUUCACAGGAAGUUUUGAACCAGUUGAAGAAAUCUCAAAUCUUUUAGAUCAAGUUCAAGAUGAAACUGGAUUAGAUAUUAGAAUUCAUGUUGAUGGUGCAAGUGGUGCAUUUGUUGCUCCAUUUGCUUAUCCUCAUUUAAAAUGGGAUUUCCGUAUUCCUCGAGUAGAUUCAAUUAAUACUUCAGGACACAAAUUUGGAUUAACUACUUGUGGAUUAGGUUGGGUUAUUUGGAAAGAUGCUGAAUUGUUACCUAAUUCAUUAAAAUUUAAUCUUGAUUAUUUGGGAGGGGUUGAAGAAACCUUUGGAUUGAAUUUUUCUAGACCUGGAUUCCCGGUGAUUACUCAAUAUUAUAAUUUCUUAACUUUGGGUAGAGAAGGAUAUACUAAGAUUUUCGAUGGUUGUUUAUCCAAUGCAAGAUUAUUUUCAGACUUUUUGGAAAAAUCGAAAUAUUUCGAAGUAGAGUCCCAAAUUCAUCAUGAAUUAGAUGAAAAGGAUAAGAAGGCAUACUUCACUGGAGAAUGGGAUGGUGAAAAGGAUGAAUGGAGUGUUAAUGAGAAUUAUAAACCUGGAUUACCUGUAGUUGCAUUCCGUUUCUCUAAAGAAGUUAGAGAUAAAUAUCCUGAAAUUCCUCAAAACAUAUUUUCGCUGCUUUUACGUAAAAGAGGUUUUAUUGUUCCAAAUUAUCAUUUACCAGUGGAUGAAAAUGACAAAGAAAUCUUAAGAGUGGUUGUACGUGAUUCUAUGUCCUUACUUCUUUUAGAAAAUUUGUUACAAGCAUGUGCUGAAACUGUUGAAUUGUUGAUUAAUGCUGCCGACAAAGUUCGUGAAAUUGUUCAUGAUCAUGGACACACUGAAGAGGAAAUGAGAGACACAAUUCAUGAAUUAUUGGUAGCUAUUGCUUCUGGAGGUGAAGCUGCCAUUAAACAAGUUCAGCAUGAAAAAGUUAAAGAAAAGGGUGAUAAUGUUGGUCCACAUAAGAAAUCAUAUCGUGGUAUUUGUUAA